AUGGCGAGCUCGAAAAAAAAUCCACAACAAACCGUCCUCCUCGUCCAAAACCGUAAGCAAGUUUUGGUGGUUUGGUGGGUACUUCAUGCGGGGGAAAAGUAUGAAAAAUCUCUUAUUUCCCACUACACGACGUUCGAUUCUAAUCUAGCCGGGCUUGCAAAUAUGUACCAGGAGGGUUCGAUGUUGACCUUCGAGGGCGAGAAGAUCAUGGGAGCCCAUAACAUCGUCGCAUCAAGGAAGCCUAUAUGUACUAAAUGA